UCACGAACAAACGGAAGAACAAAAAAAAAAAGAAAAUCUCUGAGAGCGACCAAAUCAAAUCAAUCGGAGCUAUGACAGAGAAAAAGGAGACUGUGCCACCGGAGUACGAUGUGAAUGCUAAGUGGGACGCAUGCCUCGAUCUCACCGUCCGUCGCUUCGUUUACUCUUCCCUCGGCGGCGCAUUCGCCGGUCUUCUUCUCUUCAGGAGUCCGGUUACAAGAUGGUCAUCGAUAGCUUUGGGUGCUGGAAUCGGUAUUGGCUCUGCUUACACUGAUUGCUCUCGUUCUUUCGACGCACCUUCUUCGCCUUCAGCCAAUCUAGCAGCUCCCAAGAGUACUACUACAGAGACUUCUUGAUGAUCAUGAUCAGGCUGCGGACGAGUAGACAAAUGACUAUAAAAGCGGAAGUUAGUAACGCAUGCAAAGAUCUGGGUAUCUAGAAACAGAGCUUUUGAAUCACGCAAUGAUUGUUAAAUUGUUUCCUUAAACCUGUAAGGACAAGUCAUUUAAGUUGAUUUCACAUGUAAACACCUUCCUUUUGUAAGAAAAUUGUUCUAUCUCUUACUCACGGUGGUUUUUGAACAACUAAAUUCAAGAUGUUACAUCAAAAAGGUUGGUUA